AUGAGUCUAUAUAAAUCUCUUCCAUGCGCCGUUCCAUUCAGGGAUCUGUUUCAUCAUCACGAAGACAAUCAAGCACUUCUCAAUCAACUUCUAUCUAUCUACUUCAACUUUUCAAGCUUCAAGCAAGCCAACUCUCCCUCAAUCAAAAUGGAGUCCUACGUUGCCCCGACUCAGACCACUGGUCCCGUCAACGCCCGUGGAAGCACCGGCCAAUGCAUCGUUAUGUAG